UUUUUGGCAACGACACCACCUGACACUUUGACUCAGUGUCCUCUUCAGCUCCUGCUUAUUCACUCUAAAGCACCUCCUCUGUGUCUUUCCAUCUUGUCCUCCUCUCUCCCUCCUCCAUAUUUUGGUGUCUCUUCCUACACCUCCUCAGCCCCUUCCUCUCCUCUCCAGCACCUCCUCUUCUCUCACCCUGUCCCUCCCCAGACACACUUUGGUUUUCUCCCUGAAACCGUGUUUUCCAUCCUCCUUUUCUUCAGGAUUCAGGAUCUCCUCAGCGCCUCCUCUUUUUUUGGGAGCCACAUCCCCUCCUGCCUCCUCCUCCUCCCCCCUCUCAGUCUCCCCCCAACAGCAGGAGGAGCAGCAGUCUCUUCUCCCCAGCAGCAGCAGCAGCAGCAACAGCAGCCUGUCGGUGUUUUGGCGGAGCAGGAGGAGAAACCGGAGGAGCGGCAGAGCGAUGCUGAGAGCGCGGCAGGAUGUCUUUCACCUCCUCAUCCUCCUGGUCCCGGACUCUCCGAGUCUUUUACCUUCUUCUUGUGCCGCCGUGCCUCCUCCACCCGCAGCCGUGUCACCUCCUGGCUCAGAUCGGACACACAGUGCGCGUCGGUGCGCUCCUGCCGGCGCAGCGGUCGGCUCGUGUGCAGGUCCAGGCGGCGCUGAACCGGGCUGCUGCCGCGAUGAACCGGGACCGGGACCAGGACCCGGAUCUGGACCUGGACCUGGACCGGGAGCGGGGCAACUUUCUGCCCUACAAUCUGAGCCUGGAGCUGGUGUCCCGGCAGCCGGCCGCCGGGGACCCGGAGUCCCUGUUCCGGUGCGUGUGUCAGGGCGUGGUGGUGCAGGGAGUGUCCGCCGUGCUCGCCUUCCCGCAGAACCGCGAAGAGCUGCUACAGGUGGAUUUCAUGGCCUCCUUCCUGGAGAUCCCGUUCCUCAGCGUCUUUGAGCACGGAGAGCUGCUCCGCACGCAGAACCGGUUCCACCUGCAGAUGGUGACGGGGGUCCCAGAGUCCGGUCUGUCCGACCUGCUGCUGACAGUUCUGCAGCGGUCCGGUUGGAGGGAGGGUACUGCGGUCCUGUGUCGGGGCUGGGAGGAGUCUCAGGGACUCUUGCAGCUCCUGGACGGUCACAGUGGGAGUGAUGCAUCAUGGGACAGCGGGGGCGGGGCCACCUGGCACCUCCGCGCCGUCUUGAACCUGACGCAGUCUGCACACGAUGACACUCAGAUCCACGACUUUCUGUCUCGACACUUCAGGCAGAACCAGUCCUCGCCAGCAUCGGUGCUGCUGUUUGGAGCUGACCCGCUGUGCGCGGCGGCGGUGCUGCGCAGCGCUCAGGACCUGGGCCUCACAUUACCCAUGCUGCACUGGGUGCUGGGCCAGCCGCUCAGCCCCGAUGCUCUGCAUGCCAUCGGGCUGCCGCUCGGCCUGCUGGCCUACGGAGAGGUGGAGAGGAAACCGCUCGACUUCUACGUCAGAGACGCCCUGCAGCUCGUCACCAGGGCCGUCGCUGCGGCAACCAUGGUGAGACCGGACCUGGCUCUGAUCCAGAACAUGGUGAACUGCUACGACAAGCCCAACAAGCACGAGGUGCCAUCGUCGGGACAGUACCUGUCCAGGUUCCUGUCCAACACGUCUUUCUUCGGUCUGACGGGUCCAGUCCGAGUCCACCAGAACCGAUCUCAGAUCCUCACCUCGCAGCGCUUUCACAUCUGGAGCCUGCGGCGGGAUGCGCUGGGCCAGCCCACCUGGGUGACAGUGGGCAGCUGGGAGGGAGGCCGGCUGCAGGUGGAGGACCAGGGAGUCUGGCAGGGACCCAAACCUCGCCACAGGACAGAAGGGACAGGCGGGAGGACCAGGGGACGCUGGAGGGCGGGGAUGCCAGCGUUGGGGAGUCGGGUCCGGGUGGUGACUCUGGUGGAACACCCCUUUGUGUUCACGCGGGACGUGGACGACGAGGGCAGCUGCCCAGCCGGUCAGUACUGCCUGGACGCUGGCACCAACAGCUCAGAGACUCUGGAGAGAUUCUUCAGGGAGGUGGCGGUCGGAAACAGUAGCUUCCUGCCUGCGGAGUACAGCAAGUGUUGCUAUGGAUACUGCAUUGACCUGCUGGAGAAGCUGGCCGAGGACCUGGGCUUCGAGUUCGACCUUUACAUUGUUGGAGACGGAAAGUACGGUGCGUGGAAGGGGGGCCGCUGGACCGGGCUGGUGGGUGACCUUCUGAACGGACUGGCGGACAUGGCCGUCACCUCCUUCAGUAUUAACUCGGCUCGGAGCCGAGUGAUCGACUUCACCUCGCCCUUCUUCUCCACCAGCCUGGGCAUCCUGGUGCGCAGUAAGGACACGGCGGCCCCCAUCGGCGCCUUCAUGUGGCCCCUGCACUGGUCCAUGUGGGUGGGCAUCUUCCUGGCACUGCACAUCACCGCGCUCUUCCUCACGCUGUACGAGUGGAAGAGUCCGUACGGCAUGACGCCUCACGGACGCAACAGGAUCAGGGUGUUCUCGUACUCGUCGGCCCUGAACCUGUGCUACGCCAUCCUGUUCGGACGCACCGUCUCCUCCAAGACGCCAAAGUGCUGGACGGGCCGAUUUCUGAUGAACCUGUGGGCCAUCUUCUGCCUGCUGGUGCUGUCCAGCUACACUGCCAACCUCGCCGCCGUCAUGGUCGGGGAGAAGACCUUCGAGGAGGUGUCAGGGAUCCAUGACGCCAAGCUGCAUCACCCGUCAUGGGGUUUCCGUUUCGGGACGGUGAGGGAGAGCAGCGCAGAAGACUACAUGAAGAAGAGCUUCCCAGAGAUGCACGAGUACAUGAGACGCUUCAACGAGCCGACCACACCUGAAGGAGUCGCCACCCUCAAGGCAGAUCCUCCUCAGCUCGACGCCUUCAUCAUGGACAAAGCUCUGCUCGACUACGAAGUUUCCAUCGACGCGGACUGUAAGCUGGCAACCGUGGGGAAGCCGUUCGCCAUCGAAGGUUAUGGUAUCGGCCUGCCUCAGAACUCCCCUCUGACCUCCAACAUCUCAGAGUUCAUCAGCAGAUAUAAAUCAGAAGGAUACAUGGACCUGCUGCACGACAAGUGGUACAAAGUGGUCCCCUGUGGGAACCGGGUGUUCGCCGUCACCGAGACUCUUCAGAUGGGAAUCAGUCACUUUUCAGGACUUUUCGUCUUGUUGUGUAUUGGAGUGGGCGGAGCUUUGCUGACUCUGGCAGGUGAACACGGCUUCUACCAACUGGUCCUGCCGCACAUCCGCCGCCGACAGAACCUCAAAUACUGGCUGCACACCUCACAGAAAAUCCAUCGAGCUCUGAACAUGACGUACGAAGACGUGAAGAGGCAGCGAGCUGAGAAAGAGAAAAGCUGUAACCUGCAGAAGUCUCAGCCUCCCCCGGGGCCCCCUGCCCCACCAGCCCCUGGAGCUUCUGCCAAAUGGAACAACGAGACCAGCAAGGAUGCUGCUGCUGCCACCAUUAAGGACGCCCGGGACUUCAAACGAGUCCACUUCAACCUGGAGACACUCAACACACGCCGCCUGCUCGCUCGCAUCGCCACCUCAGACACCAAAGUAGGCGGGGCCAAAUCCGAAGGGCAGAGUCCAUCUAAGCCGAGGCUGCCAAACAGCAGACUGUGUGAGAACGGAGGACCGGCCGCCUCAUUUGCCAGCUUGGUGCUCUCCUUACCCUCAGGAUCCUCCUCUUCUUCUGCCUCCUCCGCCCAACCCAAGACUGCUGCUCCUCCCCCUGUGGCUCCGCCCCCCGUUGCAGUGGCCCCACCCACCACUGCAGUGGCCCCACCUGCCACUGUUGUGGCUCCACCUCAGCCUGGCGAGCUGCAGGAGCUGCAGGAACAGAUCGAGCAGAUGAGGGAGAAGCUGAGGACGGCUCUGGCCAGGAGGGCCGAGAUCCAGACUAGUCUGGCCAAGCCUGUUGCCACGGUGACAAACAACCCCACUCCAGUUACUACGACAACAACAACGACAGCAACAGUGUCGACAACAAUGACAACAACAGGAGCCCCGCCCAGCGUCACCCCGGUGACGCCCCUCCCUGCCAACACAAAGUGCGUGAUGACCAUGACGGACCCACCUCACAAAGUCUUGUCCAAAGUCCGGCCCCUCCACAGCAGACUGACCAAUCAGAGGAGACUGUUUAAACUGGCUGCUGUGACACUAAAGUGUGGACGUGGUUUCAGGGCUUCCUGUGAGGCUGAAGGCAGCAGCACUGCAGCUCUGCUCACCAACGAACAUCAGAGAACUAACAGGAGCUUCAGAGGGUUGAAAAUACUGCGGGAAGUAAACACACCACCAAACAAAUCAAAACGAGGUGGGGACUCAGACAAACCUGCAGCUUUCUCUGAUUCUGUUCACGACUCUGCAGAAUUACAUCCAACUGAAACGUUGCCCUCAACGCAAUAAGUAGUUUGUUGUGUCUGUAGAGAGAAGUAACAGCACCUUCAAGUUUUAUGGGAAAGUUUCAAGUUUGCGAAACAAACAUCACAGGACAUUUAACUAAGUUUGCUUACAAGGACCUUCAUCUCUCAAUGUGGAUGCAAAUUCAGGUGUUUGAUCCAAAUCUGAGUUGAUUAAUGGAUACAAAUGUUUUUUAAUGGUCCGAUUACCUUCACACAAUGUGACAGCCGUCCCUUAAGUUUCACCUUAACUGAAACAUUUAAGGUCCUGUUAAGGUUUUCAGUCACUUUGAAGUUGACUUUUUUGUUUAAAAUGUCAUUAUUUGUCCAUUAAUAAUGAUAUAGUUAUGGUAUGUUUGUUGGAUUUUAUGGGGGCUAUUAAUAAAUUAAUAAAUCGGUUAUUGUGUAUAAAAGUAGUUUUAAUGGUUUAUCUGCACAGGAUAAUUAAAAAAAUGAAAAUAAGAUAAAAUCCAUACCUUUUUAAAGUAUAAAUUCAGGAUGGAUUUUAUCAUUUCAUACACUUUAAAAUAAAUUUUACCCCUUCAAGUCAUUCUAAUGAUACAUGAAAACUCCUUAAUAUAUUAACAAUCUAUUAAUACGUGAACGAUGUGUAACCACAGAUCUGCUGUGAACCCCUGAAUUAAGAUAUUAAGUUUUUAAGGGUUCUUUUCUC